AUGAGCAAUAACUUCUGCCGGGCCCUGGUGGACCGGCGGCCCAUGGCGGCCCCCGGCUGCAUGCAGCUGGGCGUCGCGCCCCCUGGACGGCAGGCGCCCCUGCCGCCCGCCGAGCCCCUGGGCAGCGUACCCCUCCUGCUGUACCCAGGCGCGGCCGAGCCGCCCUUCUACGAGGCCUACGCGGGCGUGUUCCCCUACGCGCCCUUCCCCGGCGCCUUCGGCGUCUACGACUGCCCCUUCGAGCCCGCCUUCAUCCAGAAGCGCAACGAGCGCGAGCGGCAGCGGGUCAAGUGCGUGAACGAGGGCUACGCGCGCCUCCGCGGCCACCUCCCGGGCGCGCUGGCCGAGAAGCGGCUCAGCAAGGUGGAGACGCUGCGCGCCGCCAUCCGCUACAUCAAGCACCUGCAGGAGCUGCUGAGCGCCGCCCCCGACGGCGCGCCCCCCGCCGGCGCCCGGCCCCACCGCCCCGGCGACGCGCCCCCGGCCCUGGCGCCCGAGGCGUCCCAGGCCUCCCGCUUCUCCUCCUCGCCGCAGUUCGAGUCGGAAGAAGCCAGCCACUGA